CGUCAUCGGCGAUUGGCGCGCGACGGGCGCGACUCGCUGCUUGAACGUAUCGACGAGCUGAUCGACGCAGCGAGGAGAGGAAACGCGCAAUUUAAAAUUAUCUCUGACUAACGCGACGUAUAAUAUCGGAGACGCUGAUCGAAUAAUCGAGUUCGGUGAAAAGUGAGCGCUGUCUACGAGAGACCAACGAUGUCCGUGACGGGUAAGGCAGUGCUUUACUCUUACUGGCGGAGUUCCUGUUCUUGGAGAGUAAGAAUUGCAUUGCAUUUAAAGGAGAUACCCCACGAGAUAAAGACUAUUAAUCUGAUAAAAGGCGAUGGAGAACAACACUCGAACGAAUUCUCAGAGAUUAAUCCAAUGGAAAAAGUCCCUGCACUCCGUAUCGACAAUCUUACUCUGAUAGAGUCUAUGAAUAUUCUGCAAUACCUGGACGAGACUAGGCCGUCUCCUCCGUUGAUGCCGGCGGAUCCUAUUAAGAGAGCUAGAAUGCGAGAGAUUUGCGAUGUAAUUGUCAGUGGCAUACAACCGUUGCAAAAUGUCAGUUUGCUAAAGCAUAUGGAAGAGAGGCGUAAGGAAGAAUGGCCGCGGUAUUGGAUCAUUAGAGGGUUCACAGCCGUGGAGAAGCUGUUAUCGUCGAGCGCGGGCAAGUAUUGCAUCGGCGACGAGAUUACGUUAGCGGACUGUUGCCUGGUGCCACAGAUAUAUAACGCGCGAAAAUUUCACGUUGAUCUGACGCCCUUCCCCACGAUUCUAAAGGUGGAUCGUAAUUUGGAACACCAUCCAGCUUUCACUGCAACUCAUCCCAACAAUCAGCCGGACUGUCCACCUGGCGUUCAAGUAGCAAGCUAGAUGGGCAGAUCACUCCCUUCGAAUUUUUUAGAAGGGUGAAAAGGAUGUGAUAUAAUGACAAAAGGUGAAUGGAUGUAGCAUUUAUUCGCACUUUCUGUACAUUUUGAAUUAAAUGUAUGGGCAGCAGUUAAAAAUUGUUUCUACAUUGUAAAGAAAAAUGUAAUUUAGAAAACGCUAAACAUUUGAUAAACUCAAAUGUGGUCCAGUUCGUCUUGAAA